AUGGUUGACCAGAGCGACGAAGUCUUGCUCAAGCCCACCGCAGAUGGAAGCUUCAUCCGUCCUGAACGUGCCUUUCGUAAUUUCAUCUCGAACAAGCCAGGCUCUCAAUUCCCCGCUGAGAAAGACCGAUACGUCCUUUAUCUUAGCCCAGGAUGCCCAUGGUCUCACCGUGCAAUGAUUGCCCGGAGUAUCAAGCGACUCGAAAACAUCGUCGACUUGUAUCUAUGUUCUAUUGUCAUGGGCCAGGAAGGAUGGACCUUUGAAGAUAGCCCAGAAGCAGCCAAAUAUGGUGUCCUUCCGGAAGAUCCGCUCUAUGGGUUGCAAAAUCUAAAGCAGCUGUAUCUCAAGGCCAACCCAAACUACCAAGGAAGAUACACUGUUCCGGUUCUUUGGGAUAAGAAGACAAACACCAUGGUUAGCAAUGAGUCCAGUGAUAUCAUUAGGAUGUUCUACACUGAGUUUGACCACCUUCUGCCUGAGGCGGAUCGUGAAAUCAACAGACCUGGUAGUGGCUUAUAUCCAGAGAACCUCCGCGUUGAAAUCGAUGAGAUCAACGAGUGGGUAUACGACACUGUCAAUAACGGCGUUUACAAGACGGGGUUUGCAACCUCGCAAGCCGCUUAUGAAGACAACGUCGAAAAGGUCUUUAAAUCGCUCGACCGUCUCGAAGAGAGUCUAAAGAAAGGGCCCUUUCUUUUAGGGGACCACAUAACUGAAGCAGACCUCCGUUUGUAUCCCACUAUUCUACGCUUCGACACUGCUUACGUUCCGAUCUUCAUGUGCAACCUCGGCACCAUCCGAGACCAUUAUCCGAACCUUCACUUAUGGAUGAGGAGACUUUAUUGGGACGACAGUGUUAGGACCAACGGGGCUUUCCGAACGACUGCUGAGACUUGGAUUGAGAAGUACAAGGAGGGUUACUCUAAAUCAAGACGUCGGGUUCUUGGGAUCACUGGGCUGCAUAUCAUUCCUAAAGGGCCUUUGGUUUUGGUUCAUGAGUUGGCUGGAGGGGAGAAACUUGACAUUGAGGUUUAA